UAAGGGAGGAUGCGGUCUGCUAUUUCCACUUUUCCAUCAAUAAAAGCUAGCCGAUUCAAAUUGCUGAAUUAAAAAGAAAAAAGGAUAUAAUAUUCUCAAGGGGGCAUUAGUCCAGAAUACAAUUAACAUGGCAUCGAAAUGUCCUAAAUGCGACAAGACAGUUUAUUUUGCGGAGAAGGUGACGUCUCUGGGGAAAGACUGGCACAAGUUCUGUCUGAAAUGUGAGCGUUGUAACAAGACCCUGAACCCAGGGGGCCAUGCUGAGCAUGAUGGAACUCCGUACUGCCACAAGCCAUGCUAUGCUGCCCUCUUUGGACCAAAAGGUGUGAAUAUCGGAGGUGCUGGCUCUUAUGUCUACGAGGCUCCUGUCAAUGAUACCCCUGCCAGCGUUUCCACGGAAACAGAGGCCAAACCUGAGGAGAAGAAAGCUCAUGCCAGAGGCCCAGUGAAGGCCGCAAGCUUCUCAACUUUCUCUGGAGAACCCAGUAAAUGUCCAAGGUGCAGCAAGACAGUGUAUUUCGCUGAGAAGGUGACGUCCCUGGGGAAGGACUGGCAUCGACCCUGUCUGCGCUGUGAGAGGUGCAGCAAGACCCUGGCCCCAGGCAGUCACGCAGAGCAUGAUGGGCAGGCCUACUGCCACAAACCGUGCUACGCCACCCUGUUUGGGCCCAAAGGGGUGAACACUGGAGGUGUAGGAAGCUACAUCUACAAUGAACCCAGCACUGAGGCAGAGACUGAGGCCCAGCCUUGAGUUUACCCAUACCCACCUCCACCCCCACCCAGACCUCUUCAACAUUGCCUCCCUUACCCUGGCCUUGUUACUAACCCCAGUCAUAGAUAGACUCACCUUAUCUGUAUUUCCAACCUCUGCCUUCACGUUCGACUAUGUUCAGCCUUGCCAUGAUUAAAUAGUAUUGUCUCCUUUAGGCUAUUCAGCAUCUACAGAAAAAAAACAUGUCAAAUAAUACAUAGUGUAGGCCUAACUCACGAGAUGGAUAUUUAGAAUGUUCUGUUGUAUUUCUACAUUAUUUAUACCUCCAUUUUGUGUACGAAAUGUCAUCUUUAUAGCUUCUCCCUUCUCCCAUCUAGCUUCUCCCUGUGAAAUACACAGUAGGUUCAUGGGUGUCCCCUACCUCGUUGUUCGUGUCAAAUGAACAGUUGUGUGUAAGAUGUACAGUACACUGUUUAUUAAAUGAUAAGUCGCCAUAUGGUUUGACUCUACACAAUACAGCACAGACCUAUAGGGGAAGAUUUGGGGGUGGUAGGCCUACUGUUUGUCAUUCCCUGAAAACAAUGUAAUUUGUCUGUGCACCUGUAAUGACAUGGCAGACACACCGGCCAUGUUGAUUUCCAAGCAAUCCGCUAUGGGCCUAUUUUCACCCUGCAGUAUAGAGACAGAGUAGAUAGAUAGAACAUACGCCUACUAGGAAUGUGCAUUAGUAUUAGCUUAUUGUUGUUGGUGAUUGAAUAUGUUUUGUACUUUGGGUCUUUGAGUACCAAAUGUGAGUUACUGAGAAGAACAGUGGUCAUCAGAGGUUUUCUACAAUAAAAUUGUGAGAACAUG